GAUACAAAAAGAUCUUUCUUUUCUUCGUUCCCCUUGAAAUAGUUUCGCGUUGUCUCGGCUUCCGAAGCAGCGUAGAUUAGAUAAAACAGUCAACGUACUUGUUGUAGAUAUCUAAAUAAAUAUACAUACGUUUGUUUUUAAUUCAGAUUCGGUUCAAAGUUGUAGAUCGUGUGAAAGAAAACGAGAUAAAUCUGGUCAUAGUACGGUUCCGUGUAUGACUAAUAAAUCGGAAGGAAAAGCUCAUCUUGGAUAUGAACCGUGCGAAAAGUUAUUAAGUAGUGGUGUGAAAGUAUUUGGCGUGUUAGUUUUAUGUGAUGUCUGACGGAGAUCCAUCUCUCGAAGAGGAUGUGCCAAAACCUCUGCUUGUGAGGGUAGAGGAAAAUGUGUUUACGCCUAAAGUAGUGACUCCUAUUUACGCGGGAGGUGUAAAGCUGCACCACAAGAGAUCUGACGCCGGGGAAACGGAAUCCUUCCUGUCUGACGCACAAAGGAAUGAGCUUGCCUUCCAACAACUGUUCCAAGAUGGAGAAGGACCAUUUCACGAGACGGAGAGGGAGGCUCAGGAGAACGGGGAGCUCCAGGCGAUGUCAGUCCUCAGCACAUACGCGGACAAUCUAUCACAGGACAUGAACACAGACCGGGACAAUGGUAGCGAGGCGUCGACCCGUCCUGCCGAAGACUGUGCGUGUGGCGACCCUGGCACAAACUUUGGUCCAAACGGCAAUGGCAAAUCUCCGGCCAACCAUUGCUCUAUUGUUAUGGGGGGUAUCCUGAACAACCCUUCUCUGACAUUCAACGAUGGGGUCCGGUCCAUAGACUAUGUCCUCGUAUGGGAGGCGUUUAAGGAGGACGCGGCUACCCCCGAAGCACAUCGGCAGAGGAAGAUAUUUGAGGAGAAUCUCGAGCAAGAAGGUCUGCAACUCGAGAGAGAGGCGCCUGAGAACUUGUAUGGACUGAAUUUUGUUAAGAUCCACGCGCCAGUGUCAGUUUUACGAGACUACAGCGAGAUCCUCAAGCUUAGGAUGCCGAUGAAGGAAUGCAGUAAGAUAAGAAACUCUGGUCGGGCGAAUGCGAUACUGAAUGCAGCAAUGUAUAUGUCUAAGUUCUCAGCUCUGAAGGACGUGCACGAGAAGACCAACAGUCUCAUAGAACAAGUAGACGCCUGCUGGGACCGGUUCAUGUCCAAGAUACGAGUUGAUACCGACAUGUUCCCUGAGAGGAAACACCGCCUCACUGCCAUAUACUCGAAGGACAAGGAAUAUUUAUUCGACACGACAGCUGAAUGUUUCUGGACGCCUUCCAUUCGUUCGCGCAUCGUUCAGUUCAUUCUCGACAGGAAGAAGUUCACUCAGGCGUCGAACGACGACUUCGCGUUCGGCAUCACAAGACUGAUAUCUAAUUGUACUUAUAGCGCUGCCUAUCCUUUACACGAUGGUGAUCUCAAAACUCCCGGCUCUAUGAGGCAUUUGUUGUACACUGAGUGGGCGGCAGUCUCCAAAUGCAUCAAGUACCAACCCCUUGAUUAUGUCAAGGAUUAUUUUGGUGUCAAAAUAGGAUUAUAUUUCGCGUGGCUGGGCUUCUACACACACAUGCUGAUCCCCGCGUCGAUAGUAGGACUGAUUUGCGUCAUAUACUCAGCUGCUACCGUUUACAGUAAUGUUCCUAGUGAAGACGUAUGCAACUACGAGUCGACGGUGAAGAUGUGUCCGCAAUGCGACUAUUUUUGUGACUUCUGGGAUUUGAAGGCGACGUGCUUGCAGUCUCGAAUAACGUAUCUCUUUGACAACCCUACUACUGUGUUCUUCGCUAUUUUUAUGAGUUUUUGGGCGGCAUGUUUCCUGGAGCUAUGGAAGCGGUAUUCAGCCGAGAUGACGCAUCGCUGGGACCUCACGGGCUUCGACGUGUACGAGGAGCAUCCGCGACCGCAGUACCUCGCACGGCUGGCGCAUGUUAAACGGACACAGCUGAACGUGGUAACAGGAGAACGCGAACCAAUGGUACCAUUCUGGCGGAUGCGACUACCCGCUACACUAAUGUCAUUCAGCAUAGUGGCACUAUUAGUUCUAAUGGCACUAGCAACAGUACUAGGCGUGGUACUGUAUAGAAUGUCCCUGUUGGGUGCCAGUAUACUUCGCAACGGAAACGCACUCACUACGUAUAACCCGAUUAUGUUUACAACGGCGACAGCGGCUUGUAUUAACUUGUGUUUUAUAUGCCUUUUUAAUUAUGUAUACCAAUACUUAGCAGAAUGGUUAACAGAAAAAGAACUUCUACGCACGCAGACAGAAUUUGACGACUCCCUAACACUCAAGAUAUACCUACUGCAGUUCGUGAAUUAUUACGCGUCUAUAUUUUAUAUAGCGUUCUUUAAAGGCAAGCUCAUUGGUCGGCCCGGAGAUUACGUGAGACUGUUUGGACAUAGACAGGAGGAGUGUGCUCCCGGCGGCUGUCUUCUAGAACUUUCCAUCCAGCUGGCCAUCAUAAUGGUGGGCAAGCAGUUCAUCAACACUAUAGUGGAGAUGAUGAUGCCGUACCUGCUCAAGUGGUGGUACAUCAUACGGACUAUUGGCAGAAAGAGGCAAAUCAAAAGUCCCUUGCAAUGGGUAAAAGAUUUCAAACUAGUCGACUUCGGAAACAUGGGCUUGUUUCCUGAAUAUUUAGAAAUGGUUCUGCAAUACGGUUUCGUAACAAUUUUCGUGGCGGCGUUUCCCCUGGCGCCUCUAUUCGCUCUCAUCAACAACGUGCUGGAGAUGCGGUUGGACGCCAAGAAGUUCCUCACGUGCUACCGGCGUCCUGUGCCACAGAGGGUCAAUGAUAUUGGAGUGUGGUACAGGAUCCUGGAUUCUAUUGGGAAGCUUAGUGUUAUUACUAAUGGAUUCAUAAUAGCGUUUACCUCAGACUUCAUACCCCGCCUAGUGUACCAGUUCUCGAACAACGGUUCAAUGCAACAGUACGUCAACCAUACGCUAGCAGACUUCAACGUCACCGUGCUCGAACACCCGCCUAUCAAUACUACUUACAGGGAGACUACGUGCAGUUUCCCUGGCUACUGGUAUUACAAGGAAGGUGACAGUUAUGAACACAGUAACUGGUAUUGGCACAUCAUGGGCGCUAGACUGGCCUUUGUCGUUGUUUUUGAGAACGUGGUGGCGCUAGUAAUGAUAAUAGUCCGCUGGGCGAUCCCGGACAUGUCGGGGGAGCUGCGGGACCGCAUCCGGCGCGAGGCGUACGUCAUCAACUCGUUCAUCCUGGAGGAGACGCGGGCGCGGUCGGAGCGAUCCGCGCGGUCGGAGCGCUCCGCGCGGGACGCAGGUGCCACUUCCACGCCGUUUACUUGCGCGGAGACACGACAGAAUCCAACUGGAACCACAUAGCAUCCCUGUCAGGGUCUGACUUCGAUCUCGCUGCCCACGGCGACCAUCAGAACAUAGCGGACAUCGGCAAACACGUGGUGGGGGAGGUUAGUGAUACACCGCCGCCGGCGCAUGUAUAGUGCCUUAACGUACCUGAUCUUUGCAAGGCAUUUUAACGAACGUGUUGGUGAGUUUGAAGAAGAUCUUUCUGGAAUCAAGUAUCAAGAAUGAUGGGGAAUUUUUGUCAUUAUUUGUUUUUUUGAAGGAAGGUAUUUUAUAGAUCUGUUGUUAAUUAUGAUCCUUAUAGAAGGGGAUGGAGGAUCAAGUAUCAAGAUUUAUUAAGUUUUGGCUGUUUUUUUGGUGACGUAGAAGAAAGUUUUUAUUGCAUCUGUGCGUUGGAUUUUUGUAUAGUUAAUAGCUGGAAUAAAUUGAAUGCUUAUAAUGACAAUAAUCGAUACACUCUUCAUCCCCUUUCAAGUAAAUCUGUUAAAUGUUGAAAUGUUGUCGUUUUUUCCAGAAGUUGAAUGCUUUAAGAAGAGGUUUAUUAAGCGAUUUAAUAUCAACAACAUAAGAACAAAUGCUGAUUGUAUUGUGUCAAUGGAUUGUAUUCUGCUUUAAAAAAUUAUAUACAUUUUUAUGUAAGGCCUGAGUAAAGUUCAUUCUUUUUGUUGCAAUUGAAAAUUGAUGGACUAUGUAAGUUUAUAAGAAUAGAAAAAUGGGAUAUGAAGAGUCCAGUCAGCCUUUGUCAUAGCCCUCCGCACAUGGAGCUACUCAAAUAUGAUGGAAUUAAUCAGUAAUUAGAAUUACAAACUAGUUAUAAACUGUAUUUCGCACACGACGCUACUCACAUUGCAAGGUUUCAGUCACUCCUGUUAUUUCCACUACCAAAUAAACACGUGCGAAAAACCUAGCAAGGGGAAAUAUUGGAAGCAAUAAAAAUGUCGAGUGGAUCGAGCGAAGAUGACGAUGUCAUUAUACUAUAUUAUCAUCAUAACAGACGCCGAAGGAAUCGACGCAGAUUUUGGAUUCACCCAUAUAUCCAAAAUAAUGUGAACUGCAGAUUGUCAGUUGCAGCACGAGAGCUGCGUGAAACAGAUAAACAGAUCAUUCAUUUUUCACAUCAAAACACAGUAAACUCGGGUAACCUAGUAGCUCGGCGAACGGCACGCCGCGUCGCGCGCGAUCAGUUGCCAACGCGUUACGAACUGGUUAGUGACUAGUCGCGUCGUGUGCGAACCUGUAUGGCAAUGUAUGGGCGGUGACGCUCAAAAAACUCGUUAGUAAUGUGAGUUUGUGGUUAGUUCCUUUUCAGUAGCUCCAUGUGCGGAGGGCCAUAAUAUUAAUUUGUCUGAAUUGUGAUAGAGGAAGUAAUAAAUCGUAUUGUCAUUAGGUUUUACCUUGCGCUUUAAAAAAAUUGAAGAGUUUGACUUUAAAUUAUUGUUCAUUUGAAAGCUGUUAGAAUUGAAUUUAUAUUAUGCGCACUCCAUUUGUUUUUAUAAAUCCGUGUAAUUAAUUGAUUGAGAUUAAAAUGAUCAAAUUAUAUUUAUGAGAGUUAAAGAUAACAUUAAAUAAAAAAAAAAUGCGUUAUUGUUCUUUUAUGAAUCUAAUCGUUUACUGAAAUAUUGUAGCUUUGUUACCAACCUAUCCGUCAAAAAAAGUAUUCUUCAAUCCUAUAAAUGUACUUAAGCGAAAACAGGUUUUGUUCACAUAUCAAAUGUUCAUUACAUAUAAAACAGAGAGAGACAAUGUUUGAUAGGUUUACGGAAUGAGAAAGUAUGGUGAGAGAAAAAUCAGUAAAAUGAAUGUAUUUAGAAAAUGUUUUGAGGCUGAAGCAUUUUGUAUAUGGCUAUGGUGUAUGUUUAGUAUGUGCUAAAAUGAUUGGUACAGGCUUUCAUUUGCUAAUGUACAAGCUGGUAAAGGCUUUCUUUGUGCUGAAUGUAUGUUUAGUUAGUACUAAAAUUAAUAUAUACAAACUAUACAUUCGCUCAUUUACUCAGAUCCAGCCUUUAAGGAAACUGAAAAGGUUCAGUUGUUUUAAGAAUAAAAUACAGCUUUGUCAAAAUAAUAGGACUAUCUUAAAAAACCUCAAUAAUAAUAUGUUAUUUAUUUAUACAUGCGUAAGUGACAGAAUUAGUGCUUGAAAAGCUACAAUGCUAUAUAUUUCUGCACAAUCAGAGUAACUGAUUUUACAUAUUUAAGAAAAGCAUUAUUAAAUAUGUAUUUAAUACGUUAUCUUGUAUAUUUCAAGACUAAACUGAAUCUCAUUUUGUAACAGAGAUAUAACUAUAUAUUAUAUUAUGAUAACUUAUAUACCUCUUUUAACCGACUGCGUCCAGAAGGUUAUGUUUUUAAUAUUAUGUAUUUAAAAUACUAACGUAUUAAAUUUUGCUAUGUAUAAUAUUUUUUAUGGCUAAAGAUCUUUUUAUACAUAUGUUAGCGAUCCAACUAGUCUUGAUACUGGGCGAAAGGAAAGUAGAAAGAUUGGUUAGCAGUUAAACUGAGCAGCUAUAUACAGAGUAUAAUAAUAAUAUUAACAAAGUCAUAGCACAUUAUUGUUUAACUUUAAAACCAAAUUAUUAUUUAAACAAAAAUACUCUAAGAAUUUUAUUUUUUCCUCUAUUAUUGUUGCUUUUUAUAAACAUAAGUGUAUAAAAUAUUAACCAAAGUUCAAAAAUGUAGGGGCUUUUAGGCUUCUCCGGAACAGUCAUAUAGACCCGUGUAAGUAUUUUCUUAUAGACGGAAAUUGUGUAAUUGAAGUCUGCUAGCCAAAUAUUUAUUUGUAACCAAUAUAUGUAGCUCUUUUCAGUUUUUUUUUAUAUACUUUUUAUAUAUGUCGGUUUCGUCUUAAGCUGUAAGUGUUACGAACUCGCCUGAUGAACGUGUUCAGUAGAAAAAGCGUAGAAAUUUCUAGAAUGUGUAAGCGUAUGGUUGGCAAAAAUGUCUCGUGAAAUCUUUUUGAAGCAUAUUUUAGUAUUGUAUUUACCCUCUUAUCUGUUGUACAGUCAACUUCAGGUCAGUGGUAACAGUUUUAUAGGAGAAUCGUUCUUAUUACUAUUGAGUUAAGGUGCAUGACAGUUACCACUGAUGUGCGGUCUACCCUACAGACAGCACAUCAACCUACCUCGUUCUGUCAAAUUUCUUCAAUAGAUUUUCAACCUUAUCACAAUAGUGGAAGGUAAUGUUGAAAAUUUGACAGAUUCGGGUAGGUUGGGUUGGCGUCUGUACCAAAGUUGUCUUAAUAUAGGGGGUAUUUUAAAUAAUAAUAAAUAUUACCAAAUCUAAAAAUAUAAAAUCUUCGUCCUUUAUUAAUAAAAUACAUAAUAUUCUAAUUAAAUAUAACAACAUAUUUUCAGAUAACAGUUGUAACAGAAAAAUAUUUAUUUAUUUCUGAAAUAUACAGAGUUAAUAUAAAGGCGAGAUUGAUUGAAAAUAAUUUUCUUUAAAAAUAUUUACAGUAAUUUGUACUCAAUAAAAAUGUCACUGGUGAUAAAAUGUUCUAUUCCUAAAAUCAAAAAAAUAUAUAUAUUUCUAACGUUUCUUCUUAAUGGACUAAUUUCUAUAAUUUUAUGAUUGUAAUUUUUACAUAAACAGUAAGGGAAUUUUAUUAUGACAAAAAAAAAAACAUUCAAAAUCUAUUUACUAUAUUUUUUUUCUCUCUGACUGUUGUGCUUCCUACCAUUAUCUUUGCAUUUUAUUUUAUUUUCAGAAGCAAAGAUUGGUCUUUGAAAUACUUUGUUCUAUGAAAUUCCCUUACAUAUUCGUCAUAAUUUUACGUAAUAAUGUCAUCGGUGCUUCGGAGUCCUAAUUUUCAUGUAAAUAUGUUAUUAUUUAAGGAAGUUUAAGGCUGACUUGCACCAGUAAAGGUAAAACAAUCUGACUUUGUUAUUCAUCGAAUAAGAAUCGGAAUGACGUCACUAAUACAGCAAGUUACAUUAAAAUACAAAUGUAUAAGUGCUCAGUUGUGCAAUCUAAUCUAUUCCUUAAAACCUACUGCACAUAGUACAGUUUUGCUCAUUCAAAACCAGACUUACUAUAUCCUUUGUAUAUCCUAAAAGGUUGCAUAGUUCCAGCUUUUCAAAGCUGAAAUGAUAAGCAAAUUUGUACUUUAUGUAGUAGAGAAUAAGGAUGAGAUUAGACUACCUACUAUAUUAUUGUUCGAAAGUGCAAGUCGGCCGGAGUCCUCGAUACGGCUGUUUAUUUUAUACCUAGUCAUAAGCGUUUUGGACACGACGGACACGAAAAUUAAUUUUUUGCUUAUUUUUUUUAUUAUGGUCAAAUAAAUUUAUUCUUUACGUCAAUAAUGUUAAUAUUCAUGUUUGCUUGGUAACCGUAACUAAAGAAACGAAAUAGCCUAUCCAAGAUAUCAAUCAAAUAUGAACCUUGAAUAUAUUAAUAAAGAUCAAAAUUAUUUGUGCUUACAAUAAUACUUUGCUUUGUCUUCUCAAUAAAUUGAUAACGUUAAUAAAUAAAUAGUCACAGAUAUGAAUCAUUAAGUUUUCUAAUCUUUUUAAUUGUGAUUUGAUUUAAAUAAUUAUAAAUGCAUUUAUUAACGACGUUUUUGAAACGCAAAGUUGCUGCUUGAGAUUGAGAAUUCUGCUAUUGUUUUAUGAAAAAAAUAUAUAUGGGAGGUAGGUCUUAUUGCAGAUAAUAUGUACAAUGCUAUUUUAAAGGAGUCUGAAUCAUAUUAAUUUUAUGUAAAGCAACUUGCCCAGAACAAUAAUAUUAAUUGUUAAGUAAAAACGCACAAUAUUCAUGAUAGCCGCUAAAGGUGUCGUAGUGAAUGAAUUUAAAUCUUAUUUUGAUGUCGUUAAAGUUCAAUAUUCUAUACAUACGUCUGUUCCUCGUUGUAUAAUGGCCGUCUAUGAAGUAGUACACGUUAUACGCAAAGUAUAUUUACAGACGCUAGCACAGCAACCCACUCGAAUCUGUAAUUUUUUCCCAAUGAAUAUUGAACCUUAUAAUCUAGAGAUAAAGUUGAAAAUCUAUUAAAGAAAUUUUACAGAACGUGGCAGCUUGCUUUUCUGGCGUCUGUUCAUUAUACAUUGACGAUUUUUAUUCCAAUUACAAAUGAUAUUCAACGAUAUGUUGUUAACAUACCCAGCAAUGUAUGAGCGUUUCUUGUUUCAUUGUAUCAAUGUGUCACAAGUAGUUACCGUAGUGUUAGUGCAAAACAGAUUAUUAAAUGCGCAAUAACUUGACUUCCUAUAUUAUUAUGCAUACGUGUAUGAUAUUGAAAUUUUCAAAAAAGGUCGGAAUAAUGAUAUUCUUCUCUAAUUUCAAAAACUUCUCAAACAUCAAUCUAUGCCAAUUUCUUUGUCAGACUUUUUAAGCGAAACUUUAAGUAAAGAUUGAGUUUUCCGAGGCUUAUGUUUCACGUUUUAAUUCACGGAAUUCACAUAAAUGUCUUCGAGGGGAACUUCUUGGGUUUCUCAAGCGUAUGAUUCAUAUAACCAGGAUGAAAAAUACAUAUAUCGUUGUUGAUAAACCAACUAACAUAUUGUAGUGAACAUUUGAAUGAAGUCGGUCAAGUUAUUGCAAAAUUUAGUACUCUGUGGUCCUUGUAUGCAAGAAGUUAUGCUGUGUGUGAGACGCUUCUAUUUAUAAUGUUUAUAUCAAUUAUACAUGGAAAGUUUA